AUGAGUGCCCGCCCAUUGGUAACCGUUUAUAAUGAUAAGAGCGAACCGACCGAUACUCAGAUCAGGCUACCCGGCGUUUUCCGCGCACCGUUACGUCCAGAUAUUGUUUCCUUUGUACACGAUCAAAUAAGGAAGAACAAACGCCAGCCAUAUGCCGUCUCAGUUGAAGCUGGGCAUCAAACUUCGGCUGAAUCAUGGGGUACAGGUCGUGCGGUAGCUAGAAUUCCGCGUGUACGAGGUGGUGGUACGCAUCGUUCUGGACAGGGUGCAUUUGGUAACAUGUGCCGUGGUGGACGUAUGUUUGCACCGACUAAGGUAUUCCGACGUUGGCAUCGUCGUGUUAAUGUUGCACAAAAACGUUAUGCUAUGGUUUCAGCAAUAGCUGCUUCGGGUAUUCCAGCUCUCGUGCAAGCUCGUGGACACAUCAUUGACCAAAUACCUGAAGUCCCAUUUGUUGUUGUUGAUAAGGUGGAGAGCUUCAAGAAGACAAAAGAAGCUGUUUCAUUUCUUCGUCGUUCACAUUUUUGGGCUGAUAUCGAGAAAGUUUACAACUCGAAACGUAACCGUGCUGGUAAGGGGAAAGGACGCAACCGUCGCUACAAAGCUAAGUUGGGUCCUCUUGUUGUGUACAAUCAGGAUAAUGGUGUUGUUAAAGCUUUUCGAAAUAUCCCUGGUGUUCAUUUGCUUCCAGUUGACAAACUUAAUUUGUUGAAAGUCGCACCUGGUGGCCAUCUCGGACGUUUGAUCAUCUGGACGGAAUCUGCGUUCCGUAAAUUGAAUCGUAUCUACGGAACGGAAACUCGCAAAGCUGUUGCCAAGGCUAAGUUCGUCAUGCCGACAGCAAAAAUGGCGAAUGCCGACUUCUCACGACUGAUCCGGUCCGAAGAAAUUGUGAAGGCCAUUCGAGAGAAAAAGAAAAAGAUAUUUAAGGUCAGGGCUUCAAGGAUGCAUCGCAAUCCAUUGAAAAAAUCGGCAAUCAUGGUCAAGUUGAAUCCAUAUGCAGCAGUACUGAAACGUACCGCUAUUUUGACCAAUCGUAGACGGCUUGGAACGCAACAUCCGUUUGAAGAAAAGAUUCAGAUUUCACGUCGGAAAGAGUUCGAGAAAAAGGCUGCUCGGAAGACGGCUGCUCAGAAAACACCGGCUCCAAAGUAA